AUGAGCUCACCAUCUCCAGGUGAAGAAGCGGGCAGGCUGACGGACAUGGCCUCAAACGGGCUGGACGACAUCUUUGGCUCGUCUCCGCCACGAACAGCAGCAGAAACGACGGCAGCAUCAGCUGCAGACGAAGAUGGGGACAUGCUUGGUAGUAGGGCUGGUGAGAACACAGUGCCGUCUCUCGCUGAGUCAUCGGAUCUACCCUCGCUACGGCGACAGCAUGUCACAGCCGGGUACCGCGACGGGGUGACGGCGGCCAAGGGCGAGCAUGUGCAGCGGGGGUUCGACAAAGGCUACCCCGUUGGAGCAGAGCUGGGAGUCCGAGUGGGAAUAGUGUUGGGCGUGCUAGAAGGCCUGGUUAAGGCGCUGUCUAGUGGUGGUGGUGGUGGUGAAGAAGAAGAAAAAGCAGAGGAUAAGGACAGCCGGGCUGCCAGCCGGGCCAGGGUGACGGCGCUCUUCGAAACGGCAAAGAGGGAGCUGGUGCUGGAACGGAUCUUUAGUCUGGAGGAGCAAGGAACGGUAAAGGAAGUGGAAAGGGGGGAAGAGGGCGAGGGAGAGGACCAUGGUGAUCCCUAUAGCCGACUGGGACAAGCUGGGGACACGGCCGUUACACGGUGGGAAGAUAGGGUCCGGAUAUUGCUUGCUGAGCUACGCUGA